GGCUCUCACAAGCAACAAAAUUAUUUUUUUAAAGAACCCGAUUAAGGACUUUAUUAUUUUUUUUAGUUAUUUUUUUUUGUCAAAGGUUACAAUUUUGCCAAAUAGAUGAAUAAAAAAUUAAACGGAUAUAUAUAGACGAUUAGCAAUAACAUCGAAUUUUCUUCAGUGGCAAAAUUUUUGAAAUAUCCCAAUAAAGGAUUAAAAUCCAACGACCCCAGAAUCCUUCUAUGAGAUGAAAAAUCAGCCAAAUUGGACUACUGAACUCACAAAUGUUUUCUUUUUAUUGUUGUUUUUUUUGAUAAAAGGUUUUUUUUUUGUAAUCCUCUUCAUUUUUCUUCACCAAUUUCAUUAUCCAAUUUUAUCUAAAAAAAAAACAAAAUGACUUUCCAUAACUACACCAGCAUUAACUUCGUCAAUGGCUACAACCCUACCACUCCUGCUGUAAGAGGAAGACCUAGAGUAAACGUACCUGCUCCUGCUCCUGCUCCUGCUGCUGCUCCUGCUCCUGCGUCUACUCCUUCAACUGAGCUUUCUACCGAGCCUUCUGUUGGUCCUUCUGUUGGUCCUUCUGUUAGUCCUUCUGUUGGUCCUUCUGUUGGUCCUGCUGUUGGUCCUUCUGUUGGUUCUUCUGUUGGUCCUUCUGUUGGUCCUUCUGUUGGUCCUUCUGUUGGUCCUUCUGUCGGUCCUUCUGCUGGUCCUUCUGCUGUACCAUCUGGAUCUGCAAACGAACCCUCUGCUGAAACCACUUCUUCUUUUGGACCUGUUCCUACUAAUGGAUCUGUUCCCACUGCCUACACACAUGUAUUGAUCGAGUUGUUCCCUGAGUACAUUGUAAAAGUUGGUGUUACUCGUACACCUCAAGCAAAGUUAAGUCUGACCAAAGCAACAGAGGAUGCUUUCAAUGCCAAUGGCGCCAUCAACGGUAGAAGAGACAUUGCAGCCAUGAAAACCAGGAGAAGCAGCCUUUGCAGUACAUAUCAAACUAGAAGAGAUGCUGCCAAUGCUACUGGAAGAGCUCCUCUUCCAUAUAAGGAAUUUCACGAUUUGAAGGAGCAGGCUUUGGAAGACCAAAACCGAAAGGAAAGAGCACGAGACCGUGAAAUUGCCGACGAGCGUAGGGCUGUCGAUGUGGCACAUAUGGACCGUGUGUAUGCCCAUACCAUUGAUAGAGAUGUCUUUGACCGGGGUAUCUUGCGUGAUACAAUGGUUUUGAGACGUCAAAAUUCUGGAUGGCAAAGAGACGCAAGCUUGGCCAUAAACCGCAUGGUGGAUUUGUUUGCUUCUUCUCUCCCUCGUCCCGCUCCUUCUCCAACGCCUGCUCCUUCGCCCACUUCCGUUCCUUCGCCCACUUCUACCCCUUCUCCCACACGCGGUCGUGGAAAUGGACGUGGAGGCAGACGUGGACGUGGCAGACGCGCUGGCACUUUUGUGUUUGUUGUCGAUCCUACCGUUCAGCAAAACACCAUUCCUGUUAACAACGGCAGCACCGAAGCUGACAGUAACGCCAACGUUGAUGAUGACGAUGAGCCCGAACGAUUAUCUUCACGGUCCUACAAUGUAUGGCCUGAUGUAGCUAUCUGUAUCCUCCUCGAAAUUAUGGCUGGUACCUACAGCUACUUGCUGAGAAGAAGCGAUACUGCUUUAAAGCAGUUUAUCUGGGUGCAGUCGGCUGCUUUGCUGAAGGAAAAGUUAGCUGAAAAUGCUACCACCGAUGUAAUCACGGCUUUUUGGACAAACUUUAGUGAGACAAGCAUGCAAAGAAAGUGGGCAGACAUGAAGCAGCGUUUUACCAGAGUAAGAAAUGCAGCAAGAGAAACCGGAGUUGGUGGAACUGUUCCAAACAUGCCGUACUACGAGGAAAUUGCUAAGAUUACUCAGGAUGAUCCAAGCAUCCAACCUGAAGUGAUUUACGAAAGCAUCAACAUGCAAGAGAGUGGUAUUCGGUCUUACAGACGAUUCAACGACGACAAUUUGAUGAAUGCUAUUGGAUCCGAUGGUCCUGAAACAACAUACUUUUGA